UACAAUCACAAUCACAAUCGGCUUAGCUAAGAAUAGGAAAGUGUUGUGACUUUGUAUUAGAAGACUUCCGUGCAUUUUUCCCUUCCACAACCAGAAUUCACUAUGGAAAGACUUGGAUUCCGUAGAGUCUCCAACAGCCCCACACAGCCUGGGGCCCCUACCAUCACCCACCUGAGGCCCAAUGUUGCCACCUCGGGUCCGGUUUCAAACGCCGGCGUACCUCACUUCAAGAAGAGCUUUGUAGUCGACCAGUCUCCUGACAAUCGGAUCGUUUCAUCGAACUGUGUUGCAGUAAAUCCUGGCGACUUUGCCAGUUUUCCCAAUAGAACUCCAUUUCUGUUUGACGCGGAGUUUGUGUAUUCGAUCGAGAAAGACGAACGCAUGGCCCCUGGUUCUGUUGGGAUGGGUGGGAACAUUCGAACAUGGGGCUCCUGGUCCAGAGGUCAGCUGAUAACUGUAGAAUCGUAUAAUAUCUUUGCCAACGGCAAUACCCAGCAGUCGUACUUGGGCCAAGUCGAAAUUCUCAUAGACUUCAAACAAAAGAGUAAAGCCAGCUCUGCUGCAAUCGUUCAUGACGAACUUGUGGACAUAUUUUUGAAGAGCUAUGAAAACCAGAUCUUGCAACCAACGCAGAAAAUCAUCAUGGACUUCAAGGGUGUCUACUAUGAGUUGUAUAUUUCAUCUGUACAGGUGAUCGAUAUUAGUAACAACGAUCACUUACCUUCGAUUAAAGACCUGACUGAUUUGGCUUCAAAAGGCAUCUUGCUCCGUCAAACCGAUGUCAUUUUCUAUCCUGAGGACAAGUCGCUCAUCAACUUGGUCAAACCUACUUCUUUGAAACAGAAGAUUCUUGGAGGUUCCACGCACCACAAGCCACGUGCCCGCAAGCAGCUUAUCAACUCCGACUUCAAGCUCGAGGAUUUGGGCAUUGGUGGUUUGGAUGCCGAGUUCCAGGACAUCUUCAGAAGAGCAUUCAACAGUAGAAUAUUGCCUCCAGAGAUCGCUGAGAAGUUGGACUACAAGCACUGUAAGGGUUUGUUACUCUUCGGACCUCCAGGAACAGGAAAAACGCUUAUAGCUCGUAAGUUGAGUAAAAUGUUGAAUGGUAGAGAACCCAAGAUCGUCAACGGGCCGGAGAUGUUGAGUAAAUACGUGGGGGCAUCUGAAGAAAACAUCCGUAAUUUGUUUAAGGAUGCCGAACAGGAGUACAAACAAAAGGGCGAAGAUUCCGACUUGCACGUUAUAAUUUUUGACGAGUUGGAUUCUGUUUUCAAGCAGAGAGGCUCAGGUAAAUCCGACGGAACUGGUGUAGGCGACAAUGUAGUCAACCAAUUGUUGUCCAAAAUGGAUGGUGUAGAUCAAUUGAAUAACAUCUUGGUGAUCGGUAUGACGAAUAGGUUGGACUUAAUCGAUACGGCCUUGUUGAGACCAGGCAGAUUUGAGAUCCAGAUCGAAAUCUCGUUGCCAGACGAAAAGGGUAGAAGAGAUAUCUUGUUGAUUCACACGGCCAAGUUGCGAGAAAAUGAUUUGUUGACCUCAGAUAUCGACUUUGACGAACUUUCUUCGCUCACAAAGAACUUCACUGGUGCCGAGUUGGAAGGUUUGUGCAAUUCCGCCAAGUCUUUCGCAAUCACCAGACACGUGAAGUCUGGCUCUAUAGCUCAGAUCGACGUAGACUCGAUCAGAAACUUAAAGAUUACUCGUAAUGACUUCUUGCUAGCAUUGAGCGAAGUCAAGCCGGCUUUCGGUACAGAUGAGGAGGACUUGACUCUCGCUGCUAGACACGGUAUCAUCCAGUUCAGCCACUUCAUCAAGAACAUCUUCGAGACUGGCCAGUCUAUCAUUGACUUGGUCAAGUCCAGCGAAACUGAAACUUUACGUAGUCUUUUGUUAUAUGGGCCACCUGGUGUAGGUAAAACAGCCAUAGCCAGUACUCUAGCUCUCAAUUCUGAUUUUCCUUUCAUCAAGAUGUUGUCGGCUGAGAGUUUGGCUGGUAUGGGUGAGUUGCAGAAGAUUCAGUAUAUAGAUAACACCUUCAGAGACGUCUACAAGUCGCCCUUGAACAUCUUGCUCAUCGACAAGAUCGAGACCUUGAUCAAUUACGUACCUAUUGGACCCAGGUUCUCCAACGAUAUUCUCCAGUUGUUAAUGGUUUAUUUAACCAAGAGUCCUCCAAAGGGCAGAAGAUUGUUGAUCAUUGGUACUACUUCGCAAUACUCAGUGUUGAAGCACAUGAAUUUGGUAGACUCGUUUAACGACGCUGUGGCUGUUCCACCAAUCAGAACGGUUGAAGAAAUCGGCAAGGUAUUGGAUAAGUUGGGCUUCAUGAGCGCUUCAGAGAGACACGAGAUCUUGAACCAGUUGGGCAAGUUCGAUGUCAACAUCGGCAUCAAGAGGUUAAUCGACUCCAUCAUGGUUUCGGCUUACGCUAAAGAAGGAGUCGAUGAUGUUGUUACGAAUAUCAUGGAUAAAAUGAGACUUGAAUAGUUUGUUCGGUUUGCCUUUGCAAGAAAUAUAUAUAAUACAGUGUACGUUUCAAAAAUAUAAUGAAGUUACAUGAGACUUUAGUUGGCUUCUUUGCUCUCUUAAUAGGCUUGACUUUUGGAAGUUCCCUUACUUGUGUAUUAUUCUUGAUGUUUCAUUGUUAUCUUAUCAAUUCAAAUGGAAUGGCCAACAAUUUAAAUUCAGUGAUCGGAAUAUCAUUAAGUAGGCUUGAUCUAUAGUUUAGGUAUUUGACGUUUUUUUUAUAUUUCCUUGG